UAUCUGUAUGCAGAAUGUUUCCUGUAUGUCUACACAGUGUUAUAUUAUCACAGCUCAGUGUCAGGAGAUAUUGUACGGUUAGUAUCGGACUAUAAGAGAGUUGAAGUCUUCACAGGUAGAGGUGUGGUUACAGAAACUGCACAUGGUUGGUGUUGCCUGUGUGUGAUGGUGGGACCCAGUGUGAUACUUUUCAUGGGGUCCAAAAUCCCUGGCCAUUUGUUUUUACUCGAGUACAUCAUUUGAGUAACAGUACUCAUUACAUUACAACCUAAAUUGAUUGGUGGAGAAAUCCUGCAUCCCAAAAAAAAAAAAAAGUCCAUUCAGCUCUCCACGCAGGUGUGUGGGUGUUUACACACCUCAGGUUAACCUCUGUGGACAAAGUGGUGCAAUGCCUGCUGUGAAAACCUUCAUUAUCAAAGAAAACGCUUUGUGACAUCUAUGUUUUAAUAUGUAAACUUCAUUAUAAGGAUAAACUGAAACAAAAAAAUCAAAGUUGGACUGAGUGUGCUGUGUUUCCUCCGUGUGUGUGGGGGUGGCGGGGGAUAAAUACUCAAUGACAGAGUGGGAGAGAGGGCUCGCGCUCCCUCCCUCCCUCCCACCGCUCGUGCGCACCGACUGUGACUGCGCUCCUCUUUUUUUUUUUUUUUCUCCCCCACAUUCAAACAUGGCGAAACUCUUUGACAUUAUACCACCACCUCCUCCAUCACCCUCAUCCACCUCCGCUUCAUCAUCAUCAUCAUCAUCGCCAUCACCACCGCCGCCACCAACAACAACAACAACGCCAAUAUCACCGGUACCGUGAUGACCCGGGAGGAUGGAGAAGUUGUCGGCGAGCCUGUCGGAGAUCACUUGGAGCCCGUUGGCUCUGCCGUUGGACGCGGUGGUCAGCAAGUUCCGUCUGCCCACUCUGGUCCGCCUGGCCCACGGUGAAUGUGUGGAGGGUCUGUCAGAGGAGGAUGUGGUGCUGUUACACUCCUGUCGUCAGUGGACCACAGUGACUGCCCACAGCUUAGAGGAGGGACACUACGUCAUUGGACCCAAGAUAGACAUCCCUCUGCAAUACCAGGGAAAGUUCAAGUUGUUGGAUGAAGACCGAGACGUCAGGGAUCCGAUCCAGUAUUUUUCCAGUGUGGAGGAAGUUGCAGGAGUCUUCCCCGACAGGGUCUUUGUCAUGGAGACGAUCACUUUCAGUGUCAAGGUGGUUUCGGGGGAGUUCAGCGAGGACAGUGAGCCCUACAGCUUCACUCUGCAGGCUGGAGAUGAGCUGUCACUCAUGGGGAAGGCGGAGCUUCUCUGUGCCACGCCCUCUAAGGAAAAGACGGGACUGAGUGCUCUCCUGAGACGCCUGGGCAAGACUCCGAGAAGUAAGACUCCCUGCCUCGUCUGCAUGAACCAUCGCACCAAUCAGAGCGUGAGCCUGCCCUUUGGCUGCCGUGGACGUUUUUGCACACGCUCCCCUCUGGAGCAAGGCAUGCUGGGAGGGGAGCACACGGUACGCAGCAUCAUCGAGAGGGUUCGCCUCCCCGUCAACGUGUCCGUGCCUUCUCGGCCGCCGCGGAACCCCUACGACCGCCACGCGGUCCGAGAGGGCCACCGCUACAAGCUGCUCAACAUCGUCAGCAAGACUGUGGUGCUCUGCAUGGUACUCCGCCGACAGGAAGUCUCCCCGUCCCACUUCCUGCUGCUGCGUUGCAUGCCCCGGUUCAACGUAGCCGAGGCCUCUGUCCACACGGCGGCAUUAGAGAGCCUCCUGUUGCGACACGCGUUCGACCCGGACGCCUACUCUCGUGCCGUCAGAGAAACCCGGCCAGAGCUGGAGUGUAUGACGGAGGAGUGUGUGAGCCCGCGACGCUCUCGCAUGUGCGUGUCGGGUCAGGACUCCUUGGCACCGGCUCUGCAGCGCCUCUCCAUGUGCGGGUACGGGGGUGGGGUUUCGGACAGCCUAUCACAGCGCUGCAGGGACUCUAUUGGAGAGCGUCUCGGGGAGGGACCAGGUGAAGAGCGGGAGUAUGUGACUCCCGAAUGGACUGAGGCUGAAAUGAGGACCAGUGAGGAGAUCCCUUAUGAGGAACUCUGGACCAAUCAGAACGCAGAGGGCUUGGGGAAGGAGCCAAACCUCAUCUCCUUCCAUUCGUCUUCCUCAUUGGACGGUUCUCUUGGCACCGUGUUGACAAGAGUGUCUACGCCGCCACCCGUACCUCCAAAAUCUGAUGCUGUGAGAGAGGAGUGUCGCUACUUGAUCGCCCCUCCGGUUCCCCCUCGCUGCUCUAAAGGAGGCUCCAUCUCCAGUCCGGUCCCCAGCCCUCCAGUUCCACCUCGCUUCCCCAAAACCUCCACCUCCCCGAGACCCAACCUCUCCUUCUACUCCUCUGGACUUCAGGACAGCUGCUCGCCCUCUCCGGAUGCUUCCCUCUACUGUUACCCGUGCUCCUGGGCAGACUGCCCUGCCCCUAACCCUGCCAGUCCUGAGCCAGCCUCUGCCGUCCCUGCAGACAACACGGCCAAUCCUCAGCCAGCACAGGCCACCUGGGCAGAGCCGUGGGUAGACUCCUUCACCUCCUCCGGACCCCGACUGCGGCCGCCACCCCCGCAGAGUCGAUUUGCCCCCUUCGGGGCAUUGAACCCCUUCAACCGCCAGUCCCCGUGCCCCUCGCCCGAGCCCGCUGCCAAUCCAUCGACAGAUUCCUCCAGAGGUGCAGAAGGGGGAGGGACGUCCACAGGGGUCACUGAAGGGUUGUCUACGCCCCCUGACCCCACCUGGCGGCCUCCUGCUGACCUAUCUGUGCUGUCAUUGGAGGAAGUGUCGGCGUGCCUGCGGUUCAUCGGCCUAUCGGAGGCAGCGGUGGCCGUGUUCCAGAGGGAGCGAAUCGACGGCAGCCUCCUGGUGCAGCUGACUGAGGACAUCCUGUCACAUGACUUCCAUCUGAGCCGACUCCACGUCACCAAGAUCACACAGUUCAUACAGGGCUGGAGGCCCAAGAUCUAACACACACACACACACAUCCACACACACUGUCCUGAUAAUGUGCCUAUUGGCUAUGGAGCCAUCAUGAAUGUGCCUUCCACUGUGACCAAGGCCGCUGAGCCCCCACUGACUCAAGCUAAGACUUUCCUGAAGGAAACCACGCCACCCUGUGGUCAAACUACAGAACUGACACUUGAGUCUCUGACAGACUUGACUGCAUAUUUCCUGUCUGAAUCACAGACCAGGACUAGUUUACUAACAAAUGGCUAUGACAGAGAGCUACAUGAUGAAAGUUGCCCCGUUUCAGUUCGUCUCUGGGGCAGAGCCACAACGCAUCGUCAUGCUUCGAGACAGCUAAAGGUUUUAAGCACUACAUGGAGGCUGUGGUCCCGCAGAGAUUCUGAUAAGAGGGGAAAACAUAAAAAAAAUAUUUUGACAAAUAAACAGAAUUUCUGCAGUUUUUACAUAUUGCAUUGUCCACAGCACAGUAAGAGUUUUGCAAUAUAAAGGGCAUUAAGGGAUUUACAGCCUCUAUUGUUGACCAGUAGGACAUGUUGAUGUAACAUUGAACCAGUUCCCUGCCUAAAUGUCUCUGCACAGCCUUCUUCAUCUGUGUCGUUGAGCUUCACUGGCCUGUAAUUGGCUUAAAUAAUGACGUGGUUCUUACACGAGAAAGUCACAGGAAGUCUGAAAGUCAGAAGUACCCGAUUAAGUAAUUACUGAGUUUCUGGUACAAAUAUACAGUAUUCUGCAUCGAGGCCGUUUUGUGCUUUGACAUUUGAAUUAACAUUCCCUUUAACGGUAACAAGAUGUCCUUCUGUACGUGUUGCCGUGCUGUAACAGACUGUUCGACUGCCUCAGAAAUAGAGUUCUCAAUCUGUACCUCAGAGCACUUGUUCAGAUAUGCUUGAUUUAGCCGUGCAUAAUAAUAAAUGCAAUUACACUAAGAAACAUGUUCACGUAGAUAUUUGUUUUUCGCUUCGUUACGCACCGCUAGACAAAAACACGCCGAUGACUGCCUGAAAGU